AUGUUCGCUGCAUUGAAACUCGACGCCGCUCCUUCGAACAACAUGGGAUUGUCGUCGAACGCUAUCAGCGAAGGAUAUGAGGACUACGUUGCGGAGUGGAUUGCGAACGACCUCGAAAAACAUGAGAAAUGCAAUGUCGAUGACAUGCUAGCGUACUUUCUCAAGCAAUGUCUUCACGGCCAAACUCCUGCUUCAAAGAAUACGAGCUCGACUUUCUUGCAACCAUACCUCGAAGCGGUGCUUCCAAUCUGCAAUAAUGUCGAGAUAAUGAGCCAGCUGACAGAAUAG